UUCCUGUGCAACCCUCGAGGGUCUCUUUGUAGCACCUCUCCCUGAAGCAGCCCUGGAUUGCAGCCGCGCGCGCGCCCCCUCCCCACGCCUGCCUCUAGCGCUUGCGUAGGGGAGCCUCCCUCCCCCGGGCAGGCGAAGUUUCCUUUCUCCCAGUGUCAGACGUGCAUUCAGAUUGGAUGGGACCGAAAAGACCUUAACGGAAAGAAAAGGGACUCCGGGUGGCUGCUUUCUUCUCUUCUCUUCUUUCCUGGCAGAAGGAACGAGAUGAGGCUUCUCCAGGUGCAUGCUUGCUGUUUCCUAGGCCUUUGGGCCAUUGGAAUAGCUCAGGAACCUGAAUACAGCUAUGGAUGUGCGGAGGGAAGCUGCUACCCAGCCACAGGAGAUUUGCUGAUUGGCCGGGCUGACAAGCUAACUGUCACAUCCACAUGUGGGCUUCAAAAGCCUGAACCAUACUGCAUUGUGAGCCACCUCCAGGAGGAUAAAAAGUGUUUCAUCUGCAAUUCAAGGGACCCAUUCCAUGAGACACUCAAUCCUGACAGCCAUCGUAUUGAAAAUGUGGUCACUACCUUUGCUCCAAACCGUCUUAAGUUGUGGUGGCAGUCAGAAAACGGAGUAGAAAAUGUAACCAUCCAGUUGGAUUUGGAAGCUGAAUUCCAUUUCACUCAUCUCAUUAUGACCUUCAAGACGUUUCGCCCAUAUGCAAUGCUGAUCGAAAGAUCCUCAGAUUUUGGGAAAACUUGGCAAGUAUAUCGAUACUUUGCCUAUGAGUGUGACACUUCAUUCCCAGGUGUUUCCAUUGGGCCAAUGAAGAAAGUAGAUGACAUCAUUUGUGAUUCCCGGUAUUCGGACAUUGAACCUUCAACUGAGGGAGAGGUAAUUUAUCGUGCUCUGGAUCCUGCUUUUAGAAUAGAGGACCCAUAUAGCCCAAGGAUACAAAAUAUGUUAAAGAUCACAAAUUUAAGAAUCAAAUUUACCAAACUGCACACGCUGGGAGAUAACCUUCUGGAUUCUAGAAUGGAAAUAAGAGAAAAGUAUUAUUAUGCCAUUUAUGACAUGGUGGUCCGUGGGAAUUGCUUCUGCUAUGGGCAUGCCAGUGAGUGUGCACCGGUGCAUGGAUAUGAUGAAGAGGUGGAAGGAAUGGUCCAUGGUCACUGCAUGUGUCGGCACAACACCAAGGGCUUAAACUGUGAACAAUGCUUAGACUUUUACCAUGAUUUACCAUGGCAACCUGCUGAAGGUCGCAACAGCAAUGCAUGCAAAAAGUGCAAUUGCAAUGAGCAUUCUGCACAGUGCCAUUUUGAUAUGGCUGUGUACAUUGCAACUGGAAAUACGAGCGGUGGGGUGUGUGAUGAUUGUCAGCAUAACACGGUGGGGCGUAACUGUGAGCAGUGUAAACCCUUCUACUUCCAGCAUCCAGAGAGAGAUAUUCGGGAUCCCAACAUUUGUGAGCCAUGUAACUGUGAUCCAGCUGGCUCCCAGAAUGGUGGAAUAUGUGAUCGCUACACUGACUUCUCAGCUGGUCUUAUUGCUGGACAAUGCCGUUGUAAAUUAUAUGUGGAAGGGGAAAGUUGUGAUUUCUGCAAAGAAGGGUUCUAUGGAUUAAGUUCGGAUAAUCCUCUUGGUUGUCAGUCUUGUGAAUGUAACCCUUUGGGCACAAUUCCUGGAGGGAAUCCUUGUGACUUUGAGACAGGAAGCUGCUAUUGUAAACGUCUUGUUACAGGAAGGCGCUGUGAUCAAUGUCUGCCUCAACACUGGGGGCUGAGCAAUGAUAUGGAUGGUUGCCGACCGUGUGAUUGUGAUCAAGGAGGGUCACUGAACAAUAACUGCUCAAGCGAAUCUGGUCAGUGCCAGUGCAGGCCCCAUAUGAUUGGCCGCCAGUGCAAUGAAGUGGAACCGGGGUAUUUUUUCAUUUCUUUAGAUCAUUAUGUCUAUGAAGCAGAGGAAGCCAUCUUUGGCCCUGGAGUGAGCAUAGUUGAGCGUCAGUAUUCUCAGGAACGCAUACCUUCAUGGACUGGAAUAGGAUUUGUAAGAGUUCCUGAAGGAGCAUACCUGGAAUUCUACAUAGACAAUAUUCCAUAUUCUAUGGAGUACGAAGUUCUGAUUCGCUAUGAACCACAGUUACCUGACCAAUGGGAGAAAGCUGUUAUCACUGUAUUUCGCCCAAACAAGAUUCCUACUAGCAGCAGAUGUGGCAAUACAGUCCCUGAUGAUGACAACCAAGAAGUAUCCUUACCUCCAGGUUCAAGAUAUGUAGUCCUUCCACAUCCAAUAUGCUUUGAAAAGGGACUAAAUUACACGGUUCGUCUGGAGCUACCACAGUACUCUCACUAUACAGAGGUGGAAAAUCCAUACACGCUCAUAGAUUCUCUUGUUCUCAUGCCUUUUUGUAAAUCACUGGACAUAUUCUCAGUUGGAGGCAGAGGUGAUAAUGUGAUGACUAACAGUGCCUGGGAAACCUUUCAAAGAUACCGGUGUCUGGAAAACAGCAGAAGUGUUGUUAAAACACCCAUGACUGAUGUUUGCAGGAAUAUAAUUUUUAGCAUAUCAGCCAUAUUGCAUGAAACAGCAUUAGCUUGCCAGUGUGACCCCCAAGGCUCAUUAAGUUCUGUGUGUGACCCUAAUGGAGGUCAUUGCCAUUGUCGACCAAAUGUUGUUGGAAGAAGAUGUGACAAAUGUGCUCCUGGCACUUUUGGAUUUGGACCUAGUGGAUGCAAACCUUGUGACUGUCACAUACAAGCAUCUGUUAAUGCCUUCUGCCACCCGGAGACUGGACAGUGCCACUGUUUCCAUGGAAUAUAUGGCCGUCAGUGUGACAGAUGCUUGCCUGGUUACUGGGGAUUUCCAACCUGCCAACCCUGCCAGUGUAAUGGUCAUGCAGAUGAUUGUGACCCAUAUAGCGGACAGUGUUUGAAUUGCCGCGAUCACACCUCUGGCCACAACUGUGAAAGAUGCCUUGGUGGUUAUUAUGGAGAUCCCGUCCUGGGAUCUGGGGAUCACUGCCGCCCUUGUCCUUGUCCAGAUGGGCCAGAAAGUGGCCGCCAGUUUGCCAGUGGCUGUUACCAAGACCGUACUACUCUGCAGGUGGUGUGUGUCUGUGAGACAGAAUAUAGAGGGAGCAGGUGUGGUGAGUGUGCUUCUGGUUUCUUUGGAAACCCUGAAGAUGUCGGUGGGAUUUGCCAGCCCUGCCAGUGCAACAACAACAUUGACUCAACUGAUCCAGAAGCCUGCGAUAAGAAGACUGGAUUGUGCCUGAAGUGCUUGUAUCACACAGAGGGUGAAAACUGCCAACUGUGUAAACAUGGUUAUUAUGGACGUGCUGUUCAGCAGGACUGUAGAAAGUGUGUCUGCAACUACUUGGGAACAGUACGUGAGCAGUGCAAGAGCUCUGAAGACUGUGAGUGUGAGAAAGAGACAGGCCAGUGCCAGUGCCUUCCCAACGUGGUUGGACAGAACUGUGACCAUUGUGCCCCAAAUACAUGGAGGUUGGCUAGUGGGACUGGAUGUGAACCAUGUGGCUGUGAUGCCGAACAUUCCUUUGGCUCAUCUUGUAAUGAGUUUACCGGGCAGUGCCAGUGCAUGCCAGGAUUUGGAGGACGUACAUGCAAUGAAUGCCAGGAGUUUUUCUGGGGUGAUCCCAAUGUGGACUGCCAAGCUUGUGACUGUGAUCAACGUGGCAUCCAGACCCCACAAUGCAACCGCACAACUGGGCAAUGCAUCUGUAAUCCAGGAGUUGAGGGACCUCGUUGCAAUAAGUGCACCCGAGGCUACUCUGGCUCCUUCCCAGACUGUGCACCUUGUCACCAAUGUUUUGCUCUCUGGGAUGUCAUCAUUAGCGAGCUGACUAAUAGGACACAGAGAUUCCUGGAAAGAGCAAACGCCCUGAAAAUUACGGGGGUCAGUGGUCCUUACCAGAAAACACUCAACACUGUGGAGGAAAAACUGAAUGAGAUUAAAAGUAUCAUUGCACAAAAUCCUGCUGCUGAGCCUCUUAAGAACAUUGGAAAUCUCUUUGAGGAAGCAGAGAAGUUAACAGCAGAUGUUACAGAGAAGAUAGCUGAAGUUGAAGAAAAAGUGUCCAAGGUGGCAGCAGGAAGCAAUAGCACAAACACUCAACUGAAUGCCUUAGAGGCAGAUGCAAAGAGCUUAGACAAUGUUGUGAAAGAACUUGCAGAACAACUGGAAUUUAUAAAAAUCUCUGAUGUUCGAGGAGCCUUGGACAGCAUCAGCAAAUAUUUCCAGAUGUCCUUGCAUGCAGAAAGGAGAGCCAAUGCCUCAACUCUUCUUCCUGGGAGUGUAGUAGAGCAGUCAGCUGAAAUGCGCUUAGAGGUGGAAAGCUUGAUCAAUGAGACGGAGGCCAAGUUCAAGGCUAAGCAAGAAGAGCAGUCACGCCUCUUGGAUGAACUUGCAGGCAAGCUGCAAAGUCUGGAUCUUGCAGAAGUGGCUGAGAAGACAUGUGGAACACCGCUUGGAGCUUCCUGUGCUGAUUCAGAAUGUGGUGGCCUGAGCUGCCGCACUGAAGAUGGAAAAAAGAAAUGCGGGGGGCCAGGCUGUGAUGGAUUGGUUACUGUGGCUCACAAUACCUGGCAGAAGGCUAUGGAUUUUGACAGAGACGUACUCAGCGCUUUGGCAGAAGUUGAACAGCUCUCCAAAAUGGUCUCAGAAGCAAAACAGAGAGCGGAUGAAGCAAAACAGAAUGCACAAGAGGUUCUGCUAAAAACCAAUGCUACGAAAGAACAAGUAGACCGUAGCAACAAGGAUCUGAGGAAUCUGAUUAAGCAGAUCAGGGAAUUUCUGAUGAAAGAUAGUGCUGAUCUGGACAGCAUUGAGGCAGUUGCUAAUGAAGUGCUCAACAUGGAGAUGCCUAGCACACCUGAGCAGUUACAAACACUGGCAGACAAUAUUCGUGAUCGGGUGCAGAGCCUUUCUGACGUUGAGACUGUCCUACAGCAGAGUGCUGGAGAUAUAGCAAGGGCAAAAAUGCUGUUAGAUGAAGCUAAAGAAGCCAGUAAAAGUGCAACAGAUGUUAAAGUUACUGCAGACAUGGUGAAAGAAGCUCUGGAAGAAGCUGAAAAAGCCCAAGGUGCAGCUGAAAAGGCCAUCAAACUAGCAGAUAAAGACAUACAAGGAACACAAGACCUGCUUACCUCUAUUGAAUCCGAAACUGCAGCUUCGGAAGAAACUCUGAACAACGCUACUCUGCGCAUUGCUGAACUAGAGAAGAACGUGGAAGUACUUAGACAAAAGACUGCUACGAACACAGAGGAUAUCAGAACAACUGAACAAAUGGUUGCUACUGUGAAUCAAAGUACUACUGAUAUUAAGAUGGUGCUAGAUAACAAUGUGGAUAACAAGUACAAAACAGUAGAAAGCUUAAUUGCCAAGAAAACAGGAGAGUCUGCGGCUGCCAGGAAGAAAGCAGAGGCGCUACAGAAUGAAGCUAAAACAUUGCUAGAACAAGCAAACAGCAAGCUUCAACAGCUCAAGGAAUUGGAGAACGCAUAUGAGAAGAAUCAAAGAGUUCUAGAAGACAAAGCCAAGCAAGUGGCGCAGCUAGAAGAAACAGUCCGUAGUCUCUUGCAGGCCAUCAGCCAAAAAGUUGCUGUUUACAGCACAUGCUAGUGAAUGAUUGGAAGAGGGAGCAAAAAAAAAAGACAUGUAAAUCCUAAGAUAAAGGAAGACAAGUCUUAAACCAAUAUACAUUCUUUUCACACUUUAAGGCCUGGUAACCUGACUAAAUACCAGCUUUAAUAUCCUUGAAACCAAAGAAUUUUUCUUUUGCUAUAUAAAAUAAACACUACUUUUGUAACAAAGUAUAUGAUUCAUUUAACCAAUGUUAAUUAACCCUUUAAGUACUCUAAUAAAAUAUUGGCUUCAAAAGAAGGGAUUUUAAAACAAGUAAAUUUCAAUUUAAAGAGGUCUACUUAAGAAUUUAUGAACCCAGCUCCAAACCUCCCUCCACUAUGUCAGCUGAUGUUAGGAAAGCUAAAUUCCUAGUCCAUAUAAUAAAGCCACAGAGGGCCAAAAAUUUGCAGCGUGAGGGGAAAGGACACCUGGAACAAAGAGAGAGAGAUUGUAACUUCUUUCAUCAUGUUUUGACUAUUACUAUGUCAGGUACUUGUUUAAGUUCUCCUGGAGCAGUUAGUAGUUUCCAAUUUUACCUGCAAUAAUUAGUUUUGAUACUUUGUACUUGUAUUCUUUGGAAAACAGAAAAUAAAAUACCCUUUUAACAUUA